UUGGGGGUGGCAUCAAGCUGAGAUGAAGAAGACUUGCUGUGCCAGUCACCAGGUUUCACGUGAUCGGCUGCCUUUCUCUGUAACUUAACAGGCUGUCAUGAAUGUAAACAUAGACUCCGAACAACUCUUUACUGAAGAAAAGCCAAAAGAUUAUGCCCAGCCUGAAGUCUUGUGUCACACCUUUGAACUUCUCUCUAACCUUCACAAGUUGCUCCCAAAUCGUACGGUGGAAGUGCUUCAUUCCUACAGAAGUGAAGAGGACAAGAGAAAAUGUGAGAAGCCUGAAUUCUCUGGCAUAGAAAAGAUCUUAGCAAGACAUCAGUUGCCAAAAGAGAUUAAUCUGUCCCCAAAGCCAAGCCAUGUGCCCUCAUGGAAAAGAAAAAUAAUCAACAAUAUCAGUGGCAACUGGAAGAAAUGUCGCCUGUGGCAGAAAAGCAUCUAUGAGCCGCCCAUGGGCACCAUCAUUGUCAGGUGGACCAAAAAGAACUUGCAACCCUCAGAGGACCUCAAGUCAGUGAUCCAAAGACUGUCAGCACUUGGCCCAAUUAUCUCAGUCACUCCUUGUGGCCGGGAAAGUGCUGUCGUGGUGUUCAGAGAUGCGGCCUCAGCUUGUAAGGCUGUGAGUGCUUUUCAGACCAUGUCUGCAGACUCAAUGUUCCACUGCUCAUGGCAGCAUCGAUUCAUGUCAAAAAAUAAAACUUGGUCAAGAAGAUAUCCUUCAAAAAUACACGCAGAAAAAAAAGAAAAGCAUCCAUAGCUAAGGAGCCAUAAACAGCCGUUGUGUAUCUGCUAUGUGCAGGGCUCUGG